UUAUUAAAAUUUUUACAUACAACAUACAGUGUUUACUUUCAUUUGUUUCUCAACAUAAUGAAUAAAGAACAUUUCUGUUAUACAUUCCUUGCCUGGUUGUGUGUUGUAUUAUUUUAUUUACUUCAAACCUGGCGGUUGUGGGGGUUUUUUAAAUAAAAUAAUGAGAUAAAUUCGGAGUUUAGUAUAUAACCCCGUUAAUGUAAAGUGAGUAGAAUACUGCUGUUUGCAUCAUACUGAAAGGUCAUUUUAAGGGGAAUCCAGAGGUGAAAUCAGAAGGGUUUGGCGCAUUGCUUAUAUUAUAGAUAAAAAAGAAAUAUUAAUGAAAUGUAUACAAGGCCACAGUAUAAAUAGAAACCUGUGCCAUUAUAUUAACACGUUAUUUAGCAGGUUUAGCAAAGAAAAUGUGGUUGCUUUGGUCACCUUAUGUUUCCGUGCCAUGGAAACAGGACACAAUGACAUCCAGUAGCCAGAGAGAGAGACUAGAGAGACUAUAAGCAGAGUAACACUAGCCGGCCAGACAGGAGAUCAUAACCAACAGACCUCUCCAAAAUGUCUCAGGCACAGGAAACUCUGCAGGAGAUCUAUGAGAAUCGGGAGUCGUGGUGCAUGGUGGAGAGGCAUCCUACCCAAUACUUUGCCAGGGCAGAAAGAAGGCAUUUUCCUCAUCAGUUCCACAGCAACCUGAACCUACAGCCUCGACAAGCCACCGAAUCCAGGAGCACGUGGGCAAACAUCACCCCAAAACAUCGGGAGAAGAGGCACUUCUCUGGUGCGGACAAAGGACACUUGGUGUAAGUGGAAUUUAAUGCUGAGAUUAAGUGGAAGAAAAGACUCUGGGCUUCUCUGUAUGAUCAGACAACUGGUGUGAAAUGGAUCUGCCAUCGCUGAAGGACUGGGUGCUGGGAUACUUACAUUGCCUGCUUCAUCAAGUGUUAUCCUCUAAACCCAAGGCUAUUUAUUCUCUCCCUCUUAUAAGAAAGG